AUGGGACCCAUAAGUGUGGGUCACCCCCCGCAGAUGCUGUUGCUGCUCUGGGUGUCGGUGUCGGUGACGGCGGCGUCGGGGGGGGGCCCCGGGGGGGGCUCGGUGCAGUUCCUGGCGCUGGGGGACUGGGGGGGGGUCCCGGACCCCCCGUUUGUGACCCCCCGGGAGGUGGCGACGGCAGCAGCUAUGGGGCGAGCGGCCGAGGAGCUCGGAGCCGACUUCGUGCUCGCCCUCGGGGAUAACUUCUACUAUGAUGGGGUGCGGGACGAGUGGGACCCCCGCUUCCAGGACACCUUCGAACGCACGUUCACGGCUCCAGGGCUCCGCUCCCUGCCCUGGUUCGUCCUCGCCGGGAACCACGACCACAACGGGAACGUCUCAGCCCAGAUCGCCUAUGGGCAGCGCUCCCCCCGCUGGCACUUCCCGCACCCCUACUACAGCCUCCGCCUGUCCCUCCCUGGCACCAACUCCUCAGCUCGGCUGCUGCUGUUGGACACGGUUCUGUUGUGCGGCGGCACCGACGACUUCACCUCCGGUCCCGUUAAUGGUCCCGGUCCCGGUCCCGGUCCCGGUGCGGCCCCGACGGCCUCGGCCCAGCUGCGCUGGCUCCAGCGCCGCCUCUCGGCCGCCGCCGGUGACCGGUUCGUGCUCGUUGCCGGUCACUACCCGCUGUGGUCCGCGGGGGAACACGGACCCAGUGAGUGUCUGUACCGGAGCCUGCGGCCGUUACUGCGGAGGAACCGGGUCACCAUGUACCUGAGCGGGCACGACCACAACCUGCAGUUCCUAUGGGAGGGGGGGGUUGGCUACGUGGUGAGCGGCGCCGGGAACUUCAUGGAGGGGUCCAAGCGUCACGGGGGGGAUCUGCCCCCUGGCUCCUUGCGCUUCUUCUAUGGGGCCCCCUCCUCCCCCGGUGGGUUCGUCCACGUGCGCCUGGAGCCCGAGGCUGCCACCGUCACCUACCUGGAGGCCACCGGGAGGAUCCUGCACCGGGAGGUGCUGCCGCCCAGGGGGGUGUGAGACACCCCCCGGACCCCAGUGGUACCGGCCUGGGGACCCCUAUUGGUGACCCCAUUGGUACCGGCCUGGGGACCCCCCAUUGGUACCGGC